GACCGAGGGGCGGCCGGCGCCCCCCGCCAUGAACCGGGCCGGGACCCUCCGCCUGCUGUGGGACCUGAGCGAGGCGGGCCGCCUCCGACAGCUGCUGCUGGGGGACGAGGAGGAGGCGGCGGCGGCGGAGGGUGGUGGGCGGCGGGGGUCCCGGCCGCGGGUCCGGGCCAGCCCCGACGGCCGCUUCGUGCUGCUGCUGCGGCCCCCGCCCGGCCCGGCCCCGCAGCUGCUGCUGCUGCCCGUUGGCGGGGAGCGGGCCUGGCCGCCGCUGGAGCGGGCCUGGACAACGCCGGGCCGGCCCUCGCCGCUGGACGCCCUGUUCCUGGCGGGGACGGGGACGGGGACGGGGACGGGAGGGGGUCCGGCCCGUCUGGUCCUGCUGUGGGAGAGCGGGCGGGCCGAGCUGUGGCGGGCCGAGCCCUCGGGGGGCUGGGGCCCGCCGCACCCGCUCCACCUGAGCCCCGACGGGGGCCGGGCCCGCCUGCUGUCCGCCACCGGGCUCGGGGACGGCCUGGUGUGGUGCGAGGAGAGGCCCGGCCCCGGGCCCGGGCCCGACCCCUUCGCCUUCCGCGUCUGCACGUGCAGGCUGGAGUCCGGGCCGUCGGGCGUCCAGCUGGGGCCCGCCCAAGUCCUGCUGCACGGUUGCCCCCCAUUCCAGGUGCUCGCCUCCCCCCGGGACGUCUUCCUGGUGCCCACCCGUGCCACCUGGCCGGGCCUCGCCCACCUGCUCCUCGUCUGGUGCCCCGCCCAAGGCCGGGUCACCGUGGCCUCCCCGGGCCGCCCCCUGGUCCACGCGCAGAGCCUGACCCCCGGCCCCGCCGACUUCGGGGAGCUGCUGCUGGGGGCCCCCGGGAUGCUGUCCGGCGGGGCCGCCCAACCCGCCCUCACCUGCGCCAUCACCCGAGGCCGGGGCGAGCUGCUGCUGCUGAGCCCCUGCGGGACCGUACGUCUGGUCCGGAGGGACGGCGGGAGCCGGACCGUCUGCACCCUGGCCGGCGGGGCCCCCGGCCCGGACGUCCCGGUGGAGCUGCGCACCUUCGGCACCACGCUGGCCUGCGCCCUGGGCUCCAGCCUGCAGCUGGUGGACCUGGGCAGCGGGCGCCUGCUGGAGAGGAAGGUGCUGCGGACCGACCGCGUCCACCUGCUGGAGGCCCCCGCCGGGGAGGAGGGCCUCCGCCUGCUGUCCCCCGCCGGCCUCUUCCAGGUCUGCUGGGCAGAGGACACAGGCCACCCGGCCCCCGAGGACCUGGUCUUCGAGGAGGCCUGCGGCUACUACCAGCGGCGCAGCCUGCGGGACGCCCGGCCGACGGUGGAGGACCUCAGGCGGGGAGGCGUCUUCCGGGCCCCCGCGACCCUGGCCACCGUCCUGCGGGGCUGGCCGGCCCCGGCCAAGCUGCUGGCGGCCCUGAGGGCCGAGCUGCGGGACUACCGCGGCCUGGAGCGGCUCAAGGGCCAGGUGGCGGCCGGCGGCGGCGGCGGCGGCGGGGACGGGGCCUACGCCAAGCUGGCGGAGCAGGAGCUGGGCCGGCUGCUGCGGGCGGAGCCCGGCCCGGACAACCUGGCCCAGCUCAACGCCGUCUUCACCGCCCUCCCCGCCGCCGCCUGGGCGGCCGCCCGGCACCUCCUGCAGCUGCGGAUGGACGCAGCCGGCCGGCUGGGCUCCCCGGCCCCCCGGGAGCUGUGGAAGAAGGUGCUGGCGGGCCGUCCCGCGGGCGGCGGGGUCCCCCAGAACGGGGCCCUGCCCCUCUUUGAACUCCUGUGCCGCUCCCUGGGCCGGCUCAAGCCCCAGUGGCUGCCGCCCUUCGUGCAGCUGGCCCAGCGGCAGCAGGGGCCGGCCUUGGUGGGCGGGGAGGGGCCCGGGCCGCCCCUGUACCGCCGGGCCCUGGCCGUCGUGGAGAGGCUACCGGGCGAGGUGGCGGAGGCCCUGGAGGUGGAGCUGCUGCUGGGCAGCGGGCGGCCCAAGGCCGUGCUCCAGGCCGUGGGGCAGCUGAUCCGCGAGAGGCGCUGGACGCGGGUACUGGAUGCGGCCCAGAGACUCUCCCCGCCCAGCCCGCUGCUCCGCAGGGAGAUCUUCACCAUCCUGCUGGCCGAGUUCGCCCGGCACCGCCAGCUGGACCCGCAGCUGCCCCGCCUGUGCCAGCUCUGCCCCCCGGACGUCUCGGCCUCCGACAUCCUCCUCCUGCUGCAGGGUCACUUGCCGCCCCAAGAGGCCCCGCCGGCCCCCUUCCCCAGCCCCGGCACCUCCCCGCUGACCCUGGGGCUGCUGAAGCCGCUCCUGGAGCGGGCGGCCGGGCCGGGCCCGCCGGAACAGCCGGAGGGGCUGUACUCCGACGUGCUGGGAGACCCCACGGAACCCCCACCCACCCCGCCCCGGGGACCGGUGCCCGGAGCCCCAGGCCGGCCCGACCUGCCGCCCGGGACUCCCGCGGGCCCCAGCCUCCACCCGGCUGACACAGGCUGAGAUGGAGAGGGGCCCGGAGCGGAGUCGGCCGCGACAGAUGGAGCAGACAGAAUCAGCCCCGCUCCGUAUCCGUGCCCUCUGCUCCCUCCUUCCUCCCACUAGGAGACAGACACAGCCAGGGCAUCCUGGUCAGACAGCAGGUGUAAGUCCGAGGAGGUGGUGGAGCUAGGGGAGCCGGGGGGCACCACCAAUGUGCAAUACUUCUCUCUCCUUGGAAGGGGGAUUUUUAAAUACAGUCGAGGGAGUUCGG